AUGGGCACCUCAGAAAAAAAGAAAGGGCAUAACUGGUCAUUCUCAAGAAGGAAAAAACAGCAAAAAAUAUAUGAAAAAGGUAACAACACAGCUGAUGACCAGGGGGCCUCCAGUAAAAGGAGAGUAAAGGCAAAUCUGCAAGGCCCUGCCAAGACUAAAGGUUCAAGAAAGCACAGAUACGAAACUUUGGAUUUUCAUGCAGAUUUACUUCCUGUGACAUGUGGUGAGCUGAAAGGAAUUUUACAUAAGAAGAAACUGAAGCAAGGAGGCUCAGUGAAGUCUAUACAGGAUGAGGAUGGAAAUUGGCUCACCCCCACUGAAUUUGAAGUCAAAGGAGGCUAUGCCAAGUCAAAGCACUGGAAGAUGAGUGUGCGCUGUGGCAGGAGGCCCCUCUUGUGGCUGAUGCAGAAAGGAUUUCUAGCUCAUCCUCCAAAAACACGUCAUAGGAAGGAAAAGCGGAAAACACAGGAGCCUGAAAACCAAACCUCAGAUGACUGGCACCUGAGGAACUCAAACACAUGUGAGGUGUGUCGGAAUGGAGGAACUCUGUUCUGCUGUGAUACUUGCUCCAGAGCCUUCCACAAGAACUGUCACAUCCAGACGGUGGAAGUUGAGAUGACCCCGUGGAGCUGCAUCUUCUGCAGGAUAGAGUCCUUAGGAAACCAACAGAGCCAUUCAGAAUCUGAGAUCCUGGAGAGGUUGAUGCAGCCUGAGGAACAGCUGAAAUGUGAGUUCCUCCUCUUGAAGGUCUAUUGCUGUUCUGAGAGCUCCUUUUUUUCCAAGAUUCCAUAUUAUUAUUAUUUUGAGGAGACUUCUAAAGAUCUGAAGGAACCCAUGUGGUUGGACAAAAUCAAGAAAAAGCUGACUACGCAGAGUUACCACCAAGUGAAAGGGUUUGUGAAGGACAUGCGUCUUAUCUUUCACAACCACAAGGCCUCAUACAAAUACCAAGAGUUUGGCCAAAUGGGACUUAGACUGGAGGCUGAAUUUGAAAUAAAUUUCAAAGAAGUGUUUGCUAUUCAGGAGACAAAUGAAAAUCAUUGAAGGUCAGGUGCCAGUGGCUCACGCUUGUAAUCCUAGCUACUCAGGAGGCAGAGAGCAGGAGGAUUUUGGUUCGAAGCCAGCCCAGGCAAAUAGUUUGUGAGAAAAAAAAAUCACCAAAAGUAGGGAGUGUAGGCCCUGAGUUCAAGUCCACAAAAAAAAAAAAGAAAAGAAAAUCAUUGACGGAGCAAUGGAGCAGGUGUUAUCAGUGUCCUUGCACAUUCUUCUGAGCAGAUCUUCCCACCUUCAACCUCAGUGAAUGCUGUCUGCCAACUCAAUCAUUCCCAGAAGAUUGGUAUGGACCACAUGGUGCCAGCUUCAGCUAGAGGUUCUACCUCCUGGCCUGGGGGCUAGGGACUUGGCUUAAGAGGUAGAGCCUCUGUAUAACAAGUGUGAAGCUCUGAGUUCAAACCCCAGAACCACAACAACAACAACGAAAACUACUUCCUGGCCUGAGGGCUGAUUCCCUUGCCUCAAAUUGGAGCAAUAGCAUGGUAGGAUGCCGUUCGCAUGGGGCCAGGCUGGAGCUAACCUCCAGCUGGCUCAGCUUCUACCAUUACCUGUUUCUUCCUUUGUCUCCCUUCUCCUGAGAGCAGUGCAUAAUAAACAAUGGACUCAUGAG